CGGGUUGUUGUCACGAAAGAGACACAUCAAAAACACCACAUGUAGAUUUGUAUUUGCCUACAGUUUUCUCUGGAUUUUUUCACGAUGUUGGCCAGCAUGAUAUCACAGCAUCACCAAAAGAUCCUCCUCUUCGUGGAUCGAGUUGGUGUCGAGGAGGCGUGCUGGAAAAGGCUGAUGCAAGUUCUUCUGGAGGAUUUAAAGGCUCAGACGAUCCUGGAAAACUUCCUAGAAAUCUCGAAUCACCUCACAGAUGAGAGGAAGUCCAUGAAUUUUCACGAGUUGUUGAAGUUUCCCGAGGAGACUGUGAGUAUUGUCUUCUCACCUGUGGCAGAUAUCGUGAAGCAGUACGAAGUGGAGGAUUUCUUCCGCAUAAUCCAGAAAUUGCGUUGGUGUCCUCAAGUGAGGCACAUUGUGCUGUUUGCACAGGAGAAGUACAUUGAAGGGAACUUUGUUGUGCCCUUCCUUGAGCACUUGGCGGAGGAAAUUGUGACGCUAGACGGCAAAAGCGAGCUGAAGAUUGUCUCCCGGAAAGCCGGCGGUUCUGUGACGAAGAAAUGCUACAACUUCCGAAUUGAGGAGAACAGGAUCGUCACGGCGGCGAUGAGCAGAGAAAACACACCAAAGACACUUGACAACACUCUGGACAUUGAUAAUCUUGGGACGUUCAAGAUUGGACUCAGCGAUCAGGAUUUGGUGGCGCGGAAUCGACUGAUUCUGCCCUUUGAGAAGCACAUGCUGGAGCAGAAGAGCACCGAGAAGCAGGAUGCCAAAGUGAUUUACUACCCAGAAGCUGAUGAUGAUAUUGACGAAGAGGAUCCGGACUUUGAACUGUAAAGUAAGCAAAAUUCCGGUGUUUUUGAUAGAAAAAAAUAUAUUUAAGGAUUUCAUACUAGUUAUUUGAUACACUUUACACGGAAAAAUCUCAAUAUGAUUUUACAAUUGAUCGAUGCACACUUCCUGAAGGGUGAAAUGUGAUCUCUCGCUCCUUAUUUAACACUAUAUUGCGUGACUUAUUCAUUAAAUAUGGCACUGCAAUAUCUGAGAAAGAUAUUUGUCUCCAUUAAAAAUUGUGAAAGGGAAAAA